GCUUCCGCGCAUGCGCAGGAGGGCAGUGUGCGCUAUCAUGGCCCCGGUCAGAGAGGUAUUGUGUUGGGGGAGAAAUGUAAAAGCACUCGGCUAUGAUGUUAUACGGUUACUGAUGGACAUUGUUUACUGAGUUCAGAAUGAAUGACAUGAACCUGAGUCCUGUGGGGAUGGAUCAGCUCAGUGUGCCCUCUGUGAGUGCCAGCCACCUGGGCCUACCCACGUCCCCGACGCACAACCCUAUUCCCACUCCAGGUAUGCCAGUGGCUAUCCCCAGCCUUGGUCCCUCACUGGGGUCCCUUCCCUCUGCCCUGUCGCUGAUGUUGCCCAUGGGUCCGCUGGGGGACAGAGGAGUUAUGUGUGGCCUGCCAGAGAGAAAUUACUCUUUGCCACCACCUCCUUACCCCCAUCUGGAGAGCAGCUACUUUCGACACAUACUGCCAGGUAUCCUCUCUUAUCUGGCUGACCGUCCACCACCUCAGUAUAUUCAUCCCAGUAGCCUUAACAUGGAUGGGCCCUUGUCUGUGGCCAGCAAUAAUCCAUCAGGUUUGGAUCCCUAUAGUGGCCCUGGAGGCCCAUUGGAGCAGGGCCUGGUGCCCAUGGACUCCCGACAAGUCAGUAGCCAAGGAGACCUCCAUCAGGCUGGUGCUCAUGAAUUGGGCUCCACUGGGUUAGCCAUGGAGUCACGAGUCAGCAGUCCAAUGUCUCCUGAUAGAAUGGGAGAUGAGCUGGCCACCAUGGACGGGGUUGGUGUAGUGGCGGUGUCUGACACUCAGCAGCAGCUUGGAGGGGGUAGGCCGCCCCAGCCUCAUGAGGGCCUGACGGGUGUGGACUCAUCAGGAGGUGUGAUGCCUCUUCAUGGGCCGCCUGUGCUUGAGCUACCAGUGGUGAUGGAACCAGAUCAUAUGGGGGGUCGUGUGGGCAAUGCAGGGGGAGGAGGUACAGGAGGACUUGGGGAGCAGCUCCACACAAAUGGGGAGCUGAACUCUGGUGUUGUCAGUGUGGUGCUUACUGGCUCUAUGACCAGCCAAGGCCAGCUGGAGCCUGUGUCUCUCCAUGGACACUCUGGGAUGGGACUGGAGGCAGUGAAUGUGAAUGUGUCCCCCAUCACUGCAGAGGUGUCUCUGGGACCAGAAAACAACCUGGUGUUGGUCAACUCCACCCUGCAGCUAGAGGAUUCCACCUCCAAUAAGGAGAACAUGGUCACGACCUAUACAAUCUGGUGCACACUAUGUGAGCGUUCAUAUACCUCAGACUGCCCUGAGCACGGCCCGGUCACCUUUAUCCCUGACGCACCCAUCCAAACCCGAGCACGCCUCUCUCUACCACGUCCACUGUGCCUCCGCAUCUCUGUGACCGAGGAACCACUUGGUGUUUUUGCACGGGACGUUAUACCUCCAAGGACAUGCUUUGGACCAAUGGUUGGCCAACAUUGUAGCAAUGUGGAUCUCUCUGACUGGCCAGAAAAAGACACACCACAGAUUUGGAAGAUGUACCAUAACAAUGUGCUGGAGUUCUAUAUUGUGACAACAGAUGAGAACGAAUGCAACUGGAUGAUGUUUGUCCGUAAAGCAAGGACCCGUGAGGAGCAGAACCUGGUUGCCUACCCUGCCAAUGGUAAACUGUUCUUCUGUACAACCACAGAAAUUCACCCUGACCAGGAGCUGUUGUUUUAUUACAGCAGAGACUACUGUAGACUGAUAGGAGUUCCCCAGGUGCCUGAAGGGCAGAUCUGCCAAUGUGGCAAAGAGUGCUCCUCGUUUUCUGAGCUGAAGUCUCAUCUUAGCAGCCAUAACAGUAAUCACAACCAUAAUCCACCUCCACAUGGCCACAGCCCGUCACAGCAGGACCACCCUCAGCAACAACCUCAGCAGCAACAGGAGCCACAACCACAGCAGCAGCAACACUCUCACCAGGAAGAGAAGCUGACAAAUGGGACCUCUAGCUCAUCAUCUUCCCCGUGGCCUUGCCACACCCAUGCUGCAGGACAGACAACCAAUGAGAACAGCAACAGCAGCAGCAGGGACAGCAGUAAUAGAGACUCUGCUAACGUUACAUCCAGAGUAAACACUAAAGGUCAAGGCCAUGUGCGAGAGAAGAAAUUUAAGUGCAGCAUGUGCUCUAGGGCUUUUAUUACAUCCACUAAACUCAAUGUGCAUUUCAUGGGACAUGUUGGAAUGAAGCCUCACAAGUGUGAAUACUGCAGUAAGGCCUUUAGUGAUCCCAGCAAUCUCAGGAUGCACCUCAAGAUCCACACAGGUCAAAAGAACUACAGAUGCACAGUAUGUGAGAAGUCUUUCACCCAGAAGUCCCAUGUGGCAUCUCACAUGCUUAUCCACACUGGUGCAGAGAAACUCAAGUGCGACCUCUGUGACCGGUCAUUCAUCAGGAAACAUGACUUGAAACAGCACAUGUUCUCUCACACACAUGAACGACGGAUUCAGUGUCCUAAGUGCAACAAACAUUUCUUAAAGACCAACCACCUGAAGAAGCAUAUGAACUCUCACGAGGGCAGAAGAGACUUUGUUUGUGAGAAAUGCCACAAAGCUUUCCUCACCAAAUACCACCUCACUCGUCACCUGAAGAUAUGCAAAGGGCCCAAGACUGAAAGAGCAUCUCGUAAGGAGCUGGAAGUGGAUGAAGAGGAGGAGGAAGAAGAAGAAGAGGAGGAAGAGGAUGAUGACGGUGGAAGAGGUGGAGCAGAAAGACUUGUUGACUCAGCCAGUAAUGAGGACUGUGGCCUAGAUGUUGCAGGAUAUAACUCUGAAAAGUCUCUGUCACCCCCUCAAUGAAAACACUGUGCCUCUUGAGAUCUGUUAUUUAUUGAUUUGUUUUUGCCAAAAUAAGUUACUUUGUCAAACCGUAAUUGCAACAUCUUACACAGUCACUACAGGUGAAAUGUACGGAAAUGCCAUAUUAUACAAUAUAUAUUUUGAACUUUAAAAUCAAUGUAUGUUUAGACUCUUAAUUAAUAAGCUGCUAAAAUUGUCCUAUUAUGAACCAACUGAUUAACAUUGGAUUAUGUUUCUAUACUACUAUUCUCAAUUGUCAUCUAACUCAGGCCUGUGUUAUAUUGCUGGUUGAUGGUUUUGUAUAAGCUAUCUUUCAUUCUUUGUUAUUCUGUGAUCUUUUUUUUUUUUUUCUACUCAAUAAAAUGGAGUGAAUAAUACUCAUUUGUAGCUCACCAGUAAUGUCAGUUGUGAUUUCUGAUGCCAUAAUCCUUCAGUUCAUUUCUGAAUAAGUGUAAUUUAAUAACUGCAUGUGGUUCUAUUCAAUUAUUUAUUAUUUUUGUAUUCUCAUUCAUUUGUGAGUGGAAUAGAGAGGAAAAGGAAAUGGCAUUGAUGUAACGUCAUUUAUCAUGAGUCUGGAUUAAAUGCUCACAUAAUGCUGGGUCU